GAAGACGGCCCCCGUCUCUCAGUCCGGCCAUCUUGUGGGAAGAGCUGAGGCAGGCGCUCUUGGCUCGGUGCGGCCCGCUGCAAUCCGUGGAGGAACGCACCGCGGAGCCACCAUCAUGCCUGGGCACUUACAGGAAGGCUUCGGCUGUGUGGUCACCAAUCGAUUCGACCAGUUAUUUGAUGACGAAUCGGACCCUUUCGAGGUGUUGAAGGCAGCAGAGAACAAGAAAAAAGAAGCCGGCGGGGGCGGCGUUGGGGGCCCUGGGGCCAAGAGCGCAGCUCAGGCCGCAGCCCAGACCAACUCCAACGCGGCAGGCAAACAGCUGCGUAAAGAAUCCCAGAAAGACCGCAAGAAUCCGCUGCCUUCCAACCCUGGCGUGGUUGACAAGAAAGAGGAGACGCAGCCGCCCGUGGCGCUUAAGAAAGAAGGAAUAAGACGUGUUGGAAGAAGACCUGAUCAACAGCUUCAGGGUGAUGGGAAAAUGAUUGAUCGGAGACCAGAAAGGCGACCACCUCGUGAACGACGAUUUGAAAAGCCACUUGAAGAAAAGGGUGAAGGAGGAGAAUUUUCAGUUGAUAGACCGAUUAUUGACCGGCCUAUCCGAGGCCGUGGUGGUCUUGGAAGAGGUCGAGGAGGACGUGGGCGUGGAAUGGGCCGAGGAGAUGGAUUUGAUUCCCGUGGCAAACGUGAAUUUGAUAGGCAUAGUGGAAGUGAUAGAUCUUCUUUUUCACAUUACAGUGGCCUGAAGCAUGAGGACAAACGUGGAGGUAGCGGAUCUCACAACUGGGGAACUGUCAAAGAUGAAUUAACAGAGUCCCCAAAAUACAUUCAGAAACAAAUAUCUUAUAAUUGCAGUGACUUGGAUCAAUCAAAUGUGACUGAGGAAACACCUGAAGGUGAAGAACAUCCAGUUGCAGACACUGAAAAUAAGGAAAACGAAGUUGAAGAAGUAAAGGAAGAGGGUCCAAAAGAAAUGACUUUGGAUGAAUGGAAAGCUAUUCAAAAUAAGGACCGGGCAAAAGUAGAAUUUAAUAUCCGAAAACCAAAUGAAGGUGCUGAUGGGCAGUGGAAGAAGGGAUUUGUUCUUCAUAAGUCAAAGAGUGAAGAGGCUCAUGCUGAAGAUUCAGUUAUGGACCAUCAUUUCCGAAAGCCGGCAAAUGAUAUAACAUCUCAGCUAGAGAUAAAUUUUGGAGACCUUGGCCGCCCAGGACGUGGUGGCAGGGGAGGACGAGGUGGCCGUGGGCGUGGUGGACGUCCAAACCGUGGCAGCAGGACUGACAAGUCAAGUGCUUCUGCUCCUGAUGUAGAUGACCCAGAGGCAUUUCCAGCUCUGGCUUAACUGGAUGCCAUAAGACAACCCUGGUUCCUUUGUGGACCCUCCUGUCUGAGGUUUUGCAUGCUUAAGGAUCCCAAACGACUAAGGAAAUUA